GGCGGUGCCCGACUUCUACGGCUGUGUCUGAGAUGAGAAUGAGGCUCCAUCAUCAUCAUCAUCAUCAUCACCACCACCACCAUCAUCCCUUCCCUGGAAGCAUCUUCGGAGCAGAGCGUUGAGGGCCGCCUCCUACGUUCAGUAUACAUGGUCACGGAGCAGGACUUGAUUUCAGCCGAGCUAGAGACGCAAUAAGGGGCCUAGAAGCACAUGAUCACAUCCCGCAGCGCGAUGGCCAGGAACCGCAAGGAGAGGGACAGCUGGGCAUUUACUGACAAGAACGCGUACGACUGGAGCUCGGAGGAAGAGGAGCCGGACGGCCGGGCGCAGCCGGUGCAGGUGCUCGUCGUCAAGGACGACCACUCCUUCGAGCUGGACGAGGCCGCGCUAAGCCGCAUCCUUCUUGCCGAGGAAGUGAGGGACCGAGAGGUGGUGGCCGUUUCCGUGGCUGGAGCCUUCCGGAAGGGAAAGUCUUUCCUUAUGGACUUCAUGCUGCGCUACAUGUACAGCCAGGGCUCAGAUGAUUGGCUGGGAGACCCUGAUGAUCCCUUGGUUGGGUUCUCCUGGAGAGGAGGCUCUGAACGGGAGACCACUGGUAUCCAGAUAUGGAGUGAAGUUUUCCUUGUGGACAAGCCAGACGGUCGAAAGGUGGCAGUGCUGUUGAUGGACACUCAGGGUACCUUCGACAGCCAGUCUACUCUGAGGGAUUCGGCCACAGUGUUUGCUCUCAGCACCAUGAUCAGCUCCAUGCAGGUGUACAACAUUUCGCAGAAUGUUCAAGAGGAUGAUCUCCAGCACUUGCAGCUCUUCACCGAAUAUGGCAGACUAGCUAUGGAGGAGACGUUCCUAAAACCCUUUCAGUCCCUCAUCUUCCUGGUUCGAGAUUGGAGCUUUCCUUACGAGUUCCCUUACGGACAGGAGGGUGGCAUGAAGUUCUUGGAGAAGAGGCUUAAGAUCUCAGAGAACCAGCAUGAGGAGCUCCAGAAUGUUCGUAAGCAUAUCCACUCCUGCUUUACCAACAUCUCCUGCUUCCUUAUGCCCCAUCCUGGUCUCAAGGUAGCCACCAAUCCACAUUUUGAUGGGCGACUCAAAGAGAUCGACAGGGACUUCAUCAGCAACCUACGGAUAUUGGUUCCAUGGCUUCUGAGCCCACAGAACUUAGAUUUGAAGGAGAUCAAUGGUAACAAUAUCACAUGUCGUGGCCUUCUGGAAUACUUUAAGGCAUAUAUAAAGAUCUAUCAAGGGGAAGAACUGCCUCACCCAAAAUCCAUGCUGCAGGCCACAGCGGAAGCCAAUAACCUGGCAGCAGUGGCAGCAGCUAAGGACUUGUACAACAAGAAGAUGGAGGAGAUUUGCGGGGGGGACCGACCCUUCCUGGCCCCCAACGAGUUGCAGGCACGCCACGGAGAGGUGCGGGAGGAGGCGCUGCAGCUCUUCAGGAGCGUGAAGAAGAUGGGUGGCGAGGAGUUCAGCCGCCGCUACCUGCAGCAGCUGGAGGCGGAGGUGGACGAGCUCUUCGUUCAGUACAUCAAGCACAACGACUCCAAGAACAUCUUCCACGCCGCUCGAACCCCUGCCACGCUGUUUGUCGUCAUCUUCGUUAUGUACGUGGUGGCCGGGGUGACCGGCUUCAUUGGCGUGGAUGUCAUCGCCAGCGUGUGUAACAUGAUUCUAGGCCUGGCUCUGAUUACUCUCUGCACCUGGGCCUACAUCCGCUACUCUGGGGAGUACCGUGAGCUUGGCGCUGUCAUUGACCAGGUUGCCGGAGCACUCUGGGACCAGGGAAGCACAAAUGAGCCCUCUCUCCUCCCACAGGCUCUCUACAAGUUGUACAGCGCGGCCGCUAACCACAGGCACCUGUACCACCACGCUUUCCCCAGCCCCCAGGCCGAUGCCCCCGAGGAGCGGGAGAGGAAGAAGAACUGAGCGACUGCCUGUCCAGUGCAUCACAAGAGCGUCUGGACCGCACAGUAGCAUGCUGGACAGAGCAACGGUGGAGCAGCCUCACCCACAGGACACCUUUCUUCUUUGACUGACUGCAGAAGCCUAGACACACACACUACUACUGCUGCUGAAGGGAACAGUACAACAUUCAGGCACUGUAGCUCUGGCCCUGCUAAAGGGGUGCAAGCUUCGAACUAUGGGAAACACGUUGUCAUUUCGUGCAUUUAUUUAUUCACCUCUCAUAGUGUUAAGGUAGAACAUCUGUAUAUUUUCAUUCGCAGAACAAGUGUGUGAAACGGAGGGUUGAUCUUAGCUUUGAAGAUACUAUGCAGGCCUAUUCUAAUUGCUAUUGUCUUACAUCUAGAAGGGCACUUAAAGCUGAAUAAAAUUGAGCCAACAAUCACUCAGUAGUGUAUGGUUUACACUGAACAUGUUUUAAGUGUAUAGUGCAGGUGGUUAAGGGAAAACACUUUAGAAAGUAUUUAGAAAUACUUAGUGGAACCAAACGAAAUUUACCUCUAUACAAGGAGGUAAGUCAUUUAGUCCAAAUGCAUUUUAGGGCUUUAUUUAUCCUGACAUUCUGUGCUACACUUUUAUUAAUGGGCUCUGUGCAAAGCAAACACACAUGGAACAUGCAACUGCAACUCCACAUUAAAGGGAAAUUACAGCUGGACACAGUGACAGUGAAUAUUUGCUGAAUGUACACUUUCAAGCUGCAUUUGAUGUGCAUCCAGGCUGUUGUAACCACUUACACUGAACAAGGCUUUUUUUCAAAUUUUGCAAAAAAUUCAGUAUAUAUUCCAGUGUUAUCCUGGCCCUUUCUUUAGUGAUGUGCCACAGUGAGUUACCAUCGCCCUUCAAACAUAUGCACUGUUCAGUGAUUAUUUAGCUGCAGUUCAGAAUGCACAUUCAUGGGGACCAAACACUUUGGUUUUGCUUACAACGGCAGGGGAAAAGACUAUUUCACUUUCAGCGGCACAAACAUGUACAAUUUCUCAUUUCACAUAGCAGAUAUUUACCUGACAGCUUAUGUCUGAACUACUGCAUGAUGACCAUCCCAUCUGUAGAGAAAAGUUUUGUCUUAAAUAGCUUCUCCUUGUAAACCAGUGGCUUGUGAUGUAAGAAUGCUUACGUGUUUACAAAAAAAAAAAAAAAAAAAAAA